AUGCCCACAGCGGCGGAGAAGGCGAAGAUGGCCAUGGCGGAGGAGGCGCAGCGGGCGGAGGUGGCGCGGCUCAUGGAGACCUUGACCCCCGCCCAGGUGCUGCACUUGAUUGGGGAGAUGCAGCGCCUCACGCUCCGUGCUCCCGAUGUGGCCCGGGCGCUGCUGGGAGAGAACACCCAGCUUGGGCUGGCCUUGCAGCACGCGCAGUUCCUGGCGGGCAUGCUGGAGGAGCUUGCGCUCACGUAG